GACCAUGGGUGACUGGAGUUUUUUGGGAAACAUCUUAGAAGAAGUAAAUGAACAUUCCACUGUGAUAGGAAGAGUAUGGCUGACAGUGCUCUUCAUUUUUAGGAUUUUAAUCCUUGGCACCGCUGCCGAGUUUGUCUGGGGAGAUGAACAGUCAGACUUUGUUUGCAACACCCAGCAGCCUGGUUGCGAGAAUGUCUGCUAUGACGAGGCUUUCCCCCUUUCUCAUAUCAGACUUUGGGUUCUCCAAAUCAUAUUUGUCUCCACACCAUCACUGGUUUAUGUGGGCCAUGCUGUCCAUUAUGUGAGGAUGGAAGAAAAGAGGAAGGAGAGGGAGGAAGUUGAGAUGACCAGGCAGCAGGAGAUGAACGAGGAGCGGUUGCCUCUGGCUCCAGAUCAAGGGAGUGUGAGAACCACCAAGGAAACCAGCAUGAAAGGCAACAAGAAGUUCAGGUUGGAAGGAACAUUGCUGAGGACCUACAUAUGCCACAUCAUCUUCAAAACCAUCUUCGAGGUUGGCUUUGUGGUGGGACAGUACUUUCUCUAUGGCUUCCGCAUCUUCCCUCUGUACAGAUGCAGCCGGUGGCCCUGUCCCAAUACAGUCGAUUGCUUUGUUUCCAGGCCGACGGAGAAGACGGUGUUUGUCAUCUUCAUGUUGGCAGUGGCUUCGGUGUCACUCUUUCUCAACUUUGUGGAGAUCAGUCACCUAGGAAUGAAGAAAAUUAGGUUUGCCUUUAGGAAGCACCCCCAGCAGCAAGGGGAGCUGGUUUCUGAGAAGCCUUUGCACUCCAUUGCUAUUUCUUCUAUCCAGAAAGCCAAGGGUUACAAGCUCCUCGAGGAAGACAAGGCUGUGUCUCAUUUCUAUCCUUUGACAGAAGUCGGGAUGGAAACCAGUAACCUGCCAGCACCAUUUGCAACUUUUGAAGAGAAGAGUAAUGACGCAGGUCUUGUGCAAGAUGUUUCCAAGGUCUAUGAUGAAACAUUACCAUCCUAUGUUCAGACUACCGAGCAAGAAGAAGAAAUUCAAGAGGAACCACCCGCAGAAGCCACUGAGACGAUAGAAGAUACAAGACCUUUGAGCAGUUUAAGCAAAGCAAGCAGCAGGGCCAGGUCAGAUGAUUUAACAGUAUGAGUCAAGCAAAUCAUUUAUUAAUAAUUUUAUAAAGCGGAGGUCAAUUUACUACAAAUGAAAUCAGGCACUGACUAGGCAUAAUAAACACUCGGUGAAACAACUAUGCAAGCUUGUAAGAAAACACGUUAAAAACAAAUAUAUUGUUAUUGAAUUGCAUUUUUGAUAAAAGUAAUAAAAUAAUAAAAAAAACAAGGUUGAACGAAGUCAUAUAUGAUCAGUUUUACAGUAAAUAGUUUUACUUUUUUUAAUAGUAAUAUGCUAAUUUUCCUUCUGAAAGGAUACAUUCAGUUAAAAAAGCUACCAAAGAUGUCUAUGUUUACAACUGGGCUUACUAAAUAUCUAGCAUAAGGUGGGGAUUCACAUGAAACAAUCAGGCUUAAAAUACUGAGUACUAAUAUUCUACUUUUUUGAGUUUCAAUUAGUUAACCAAAAUAUAACAAACUUUUUUUUUUUUUUUUUUUACUAAAUAUAUAUAUAUAUAUAUCAAAUGUAUUUUCUGAACUGAACACAAUAUUUAUUAAAACAAGAAAGAAGAUUAUAGAAAUGGUGCAGUCUGAACAUACUUUUUAGCACUUGAAUUGAGAAUUUGAACUGUGGCAACAACUGCUGGCCCAAAUCCUCCCCUUUAUUCCUAUAGAAACAGCUUGUCAUAUUGAUAAAGAUCAUGCUUAAUCAACACAAAGUAUUGUUUAGCUAGAGACAAUAAUAAUAAUAAUAAUAAUAAUAAUAAUAAUAAUAAUAAUAAUAAUAAUAAUAAUAUAAAACCAACAUUCACUCAUUUCGUGAAACAGACAUAUAAUAAUUUUGUAUGCUCCUCUCAAUAUAUUUUUCUUUAUUUACAACCCAAUUUAGUUCAAUAUGUCUCUAACAAAUCCAAAAUGAGAAACACAGCUAAAACAUAGCAAAGGUUUUAAUCAGUCCUGAGGGAUCUCUUGUUAUCCAUGAUUAUUGUGGUUGGAUAUGAUACUAUGGGAACUAUAUUGGGGUUAAAUAUAAAUUGUGUAAUGUUGAAAUGUAAUAUAUUAAGGUAUUAAUGUGUUGUUACUGAUUUACAAAACAAUUCUAUAAAUUAAAAAGCAAAGCCUGAAAGCAAACAAACAAGUAAACAAAAACAUUGAAAAGUUUAGUAUACUGUAUUGAUUAACGCUAUCUAAGCAUUAAACAGCCUCUCUUUGGAAGCUACACUAGUUGUGUUUGUCUGCUGUAAUAUUCUUACAGCAUAUUUUAGACAGAAAAAUAAACUGCAGUCACAUGUUCAACAAGAAAUCGAAACAAAUUCUCUUAAAAUCAUCAUUUUCAAAAUUCAUUUUUGUUCAGGUUCCAGAACACACUAUGUAUCAGUGUUGUACAAUACAUUAGACCUACAACUUGGCAAAUAAUUGACUACUACAAUUUUACACAGCAUCCUCCAUAUAUCUUUACUCAAACAAGAGUAUUCAGGGCUUCAGUUAUCAACAAUGCGCAGGGAUCACAACAGCCACAUGUAACUAAGAGUGUCUAAACAAAGCAGUUUUUUAAAUUAGAAAACAAAAAUGCAACCAUGUAAGUUCCUAGUUACAAUAAUGUCCUAAGUGCCUAAAAUAAAACACUGCUUUAAGUGUAAAUCUCUGUAUGUUACAGGGUCAAAACUUCACAAAAAUGUCAAUACUAUACAAUACUAGACAUCAUUUAUUGUUUCUGAUUAUUAAUAAGCUUAUGUCACUGCAAGGGAAUCAAUUGCUUGGUAUUCAUAUUUCAGCAAGCACCUUAUAUGAAAAGAAAAAAAAAGUAUGGUAUCGUAUCUGUCUUUAAACAUGCCUUAGACAUUGUAUAUGGAACAUUGUAUUGUUUUAGCUGACUUGAAUGGAGUAAUUUGUGUACCUUUAAAACACAUCUUUAAGAUAUUUCAAGUAUGGAAUAAUUUUCUUAAAACUAUGCUGGCAUUUGUACUUUCACCUACAAAUGAGACUCGAGCCAUACCCAAAGCAUUUAAAAAGGGCAGUUAUAAGCAAAAUAAAAAAAUAAAAAAAAGAUGUUUUGCACCAAAAUUGCCUUCAUGUAAUUGCAUUUGCACAAAUGCAUGUGUGUUUACAACAAAACAAUAAGAAGGCCUGAGAGAUUAUAUAUGUAUGUGUUUAAAGUACCUUAUGUUUAUUUUAUAAAAUGGCCACUGUCAGGAUUUACAGGCACCUAGAAAGAUGGACAUUCAUUCAAAGAUGUGUAAGGCCUCGCACAAUCUAAAGGAGACUAUCUUUAAUAGAAUAAUAAUAAACUAUAUGAUCACAUAUUCCAGUUACUCAACCUUUGCCUUGCUUUAGAAGUUUUUAAUUUAUUUUAAAUAUUUAAGUGCAUUAGGAAAUCUCACUGAAAAUUUUGUUUCCUUGGUAAGGAAUUCUGCAGCAGAAAAAUAUUUAAAAAGAAAGACCAAGGAGUUUCUGGAUGCUGACAAUCCUCUGGAAUAAUACUCUGAACAUUGUAAUAAUUCAAUUGUGCAUUUAGUGUUGCUAGUUUAAGUUUAAA